AACCAUGCCUAACACACACAUACACACACGCACACUACACACACGCACACACAAUCAGUACGGAGCAGAUCUGUAUUUUCUAUCUCUCCAUCUGUGAUCCUUUGCAUCACAAUCCUAACUUGAUGUUGGGAAGGGUGGAUGGAGAAAGGCUUUAAGGUGUCAGACGCAAUACGAAUCCCAGGUUUGUUUCAACUGUACAGCUGCUUGAAGUUGUCGAUGCUUUGGUCCUCGGUUUUGUCGAGUUGUUUGAGCAAGGAAAUCAUUGGGCCAAUAUCAGCAACCACAGGGGGGCUUAUAUUUAAUGCUAAUAUUAAUGAUUUAAAAUCAUGUAUUUACUAGACCAUCGCCCCACGUCAUAAAGAACAAGGAGUAACAUAAACAAUGAUACCACUGUCAUGAAUGCGGUCAUAACAGCUACCGAGUUACACACUGAUGUAUCGAGACAGGCAGAAAUUCUCCAAAAAAGUCGUGCAUGUUACCAUACGAAGGCACAUCCUAAGCUCGCGGUUUAUGGGGUUUACGCUCAGCCGAACACGGCGUGACCGGUAGAGCCACCUUCUCGUUACUCGUAACACUAGUAAAUCCAAUGCCGGAGGAGUUUAGUCGCACAGUGUUGUUGAGCUCUGUUUUACAGCGAUGUUUCCCCUCGUUAUCGCAGGUGUGGGCGCUAGGGCGCUUGCCAGACUGGAUGAAGUGAACGUGGAAACAGGGAGAGAGAGAGAGAGAGAGAGAGAGAGAGACCCGUAAACAGCCUGCCGAAAGCAACAGCUCCACCACCUGCGAUUGCUCUGGAGGACCUCAGCGCAGGUUCAGCCCAGCGGCGGUGGCAGCAGCGUGGAGCCCCCUGACCACAUGGAGAAUUACUUCCAGGCCGAGGGCUUCAACCUGGACAAGGUGCUGGACGAGUUUGAGCAGAACGAAGAUGAGACGGACACCCCCAGUCUCUCGGACUCCAAGUGGACCCAGAUCCUGGCGCCGCCGGCCCACCUGCUCUCCCUGAACCCGGCGCUGGCCCACGCCGACCUGAGCCCCCAGGAGAGCCCCCUGCCCUUCAAGGCUCCGCCCCCCGCCACCACCCCCACCUGCUCCCGAGGGGGCGGCGGCGGCGAGCCCAAGCUCCUCCUCUCCGCCGGGCUCCGCCCUGGGCCCAACAUCGGGAAGCUGGUGGGCGCCGAGGAGCCGCCAUGCUCCCCCGACCGGGCCGCCGCCGCCGCGGGGAACGGCCACGGCGAGGGGGAGGACGCCGGCCCUGAGCUCGAUGGCCGCGCCCCUCGGACCGGGGGAGGGUCCCACCUCGACUACAACCCGCUUCACCUUCGAGGACGAGCCGGAGCCGCGCCCGACGCCAGCGGCGGCGGAGUCAUCCGAGCGGCGGGAUCCCAGGGGGAACGCCGCGACGAACGCUCCGGAAGGACCAGAGGGCGGCGGCCUCCAGAACGGAGGAGCGGUCCGCAGGAGGCUGAGAUGAUGAUGAGCCGUCGUCACGGCGACCGCCUCUCCGUCCCACCGGGCCUCGGCAACGGGGUGGGGAACGGGCGGGGCGGGCGCUACGAGGAGGAGGAGGAGGAGGAAGAGGAGAGGAGGGGCCUCACUCCGAGCCCCGUCCCCUCCAAGGAGGACUCUGUGACGGAGGAGAAGGAGAUCGAGGAGAGCAAGCAGGAGCCCCCCCCCCCCCCGCCGCCCAAGCUCAACAACAACCGGCUGCAGCCGGUCAGCGUGCCGUACGGCGGCGCCCGGCCCAAGCAGCCCGUCAGCCUCAAGCUCCAGAUCCCGCGGGCCGACGCCCCGGCCCCGGUGCACAACACACUGGGCCCCUCCCCCACCGGCAAGAACAAGAACCUGGACAGCCAGGGGCCCGGGCGUGUGCCGGGCCCCGCCCCCGACACGGCGUCGAGUGCCGAGUCGGACCGGGGCGCGUCGACGGCGUCGUCAUUGACGACGCCGCCGCCGCCGGAGGUCAACGGAGACGGCUCCGGCUCCCCCGCCCCCUCCGCCGCCCGGAGCCCCGACAACGACGUCCAGGCGGGCCAGCAGGGGGCGCUGUCCCGGAGGCCGACCGCCCCGCUGGGGGAGGUGGCCCCCGUGUGGGUGCCGGACUCCCAGGCCCCCGCGUGCAUGAAGUGCGACGUCAAGUUCACCUUCACCAAGCGCCGGCAUCACUGCAGAGCCUGCGGCAAGGUGUUCUGUGCGGCCUGCUGCGGUCUGAAAGGCAGGCUGGUGUACAUGGACAUGAAGGAGGCCCGGGUUUGUGUCACCUGCCAUUCGGCUCUCGUGAGCGCCCAAGCGUGGAGGUGCGUGGCGGCGGCUAGCGGCGUUAGCGGUUAUGGCGGCGGCGGCGGCGGCGCCGGGACCCAGACCCAGCCCAACCCCAACAACCCGGCCGAGUACUGCUCCACCGUCCCGCCCCUGCAGCAGGCCCAGGCCUCUGGGGCGCUGGGCUCCCCCCCGCCCACCGUCAUGGUGCCCGUGGGAGUCCUGAAGCCGGCCUGCUCCGAGGGUCUGCUGACGCGGGAGCAGAGGAGGGUGUGGUUCUCCGACGGACUCCUACCCAACGGGGACGGCACAGAGUCGUCCAAGACCCCCCCCCACCCAGUCCCGGACCCUGCGUCGUCUCGGCCCGCGGCCGGCUCCCUGUUCUCGACCAAAUGUUCCCCCUCGGACGCCUCGGAGGCGUCCAGGGGCCCAGGGCCUGGGGGCGGGGCCCUGGCGGCGGGGAGCCCCGUGGGCAGCUCCCUCAGCCUGAUCCCGGAGGACGGCCUGCCUCCCAUCCUGAUCUCCACGGGAGUCAAAGGAGGUACGGGAGGCCACGUCACAGACUACGCGGUGGAGGAGCGGCCCUCGGAGAUGGUGCUGCUGCAGCAGCUGGAGGAGGGGGGUCCGGACCCGCUGGUGUUCGUCCUCAACGCUAACCUCCUGGCCAUGGUCAAGCUGGUCAACUAUGUGAACAGGAAGUGCUGGUACAUGACCACCAAGGGCAUGCACGCGGUGGGCCAGGCCGAGGUGGUGAUCCUGCUGCAGUGCCUGCCCGACGAGAAGACCAUCCCCCGGGACAUCUUCACCCACUUCGUGCUCCUGUACCAGGAGGCCCUGACUGGUAACGUCCUGGCCCACCUGAGUCACUCGUUCUUCACCCAGAGCUUCCUGGGCAGCCGAGAGCACGGCGGCUUCCUGUACGUCAGCCCCUCCUUCCAGUCCCUGCAGGAGCUGCUGCUGCCCAACCCGCCCUACCUCUUCGGCAUUCUCAUCCAGAAGUGGGAGACGCCCUGGGCCAAGGUGUUCCCCAUCCGACUCCUGCUGCGGCUGGGGGCGGAGUACCGAUUCUAUCCGUGCCCGCUGUUCAGCGUGCGAUACAGGAAACCCUUGUUUGGAGAGACCGGCCACACCAUCAUGAAUCUUUUAGCAGACUUCCGUAACUACCAGUACACUCUGCCUGUGGUGAAGGGGCUGGUGGUGGACAUGGAGGUGAAGAAGACCUGCAUCAAAAUCCCAAGCAACCGCUAUAACGAGCUGAUGAAGGCCAUGAACAAAUCCAACGAGCACGUGCUGGCCAUGGCGGCGUGCUUCAACGACCGCGCAGACUCCCAUCUGGUGUGCGUCCAGAACGACGACGGCAACUACCAGACGCAGGCCAUCAGCAUCCACCACCAGCCGCGCAAAGUCACUGGCGCCUGCUUCUUUGUGUUCAGCGGGGCUCUGAAAGCGUCGUCGGGCUACCUGGCCAAGACCAGCAUCGUGGAAGACGGCGUGAUGGUCCAGAUCACUGCGGAGACCAUGGACUCGCUACGGCAGGCGCUGAGGGACAUGAAGGACUACACGGUGGCGUGCGGCAAGGCGGGCCAGGAGGAGAGCCAGGAGCACGUCCACAUCCAGUGGACCGAGGACGACCACAACUUCAACAAGGGGGUGAUCAGCCCCAUCGACGGGAGGUCCAUGGAGUCCAUCACCAGCGUCAAGGUCUUCCACGGCUCUGAGGUCAAGUCCAACGGCAAGGUCAUCCGCUGGACCGAGGUGUUCUUCCUGCGGAGCGAGGACCACCCGGGGGGGGGUCUGGGCGACCCCGCCGACCACAGCCGGCUGACGGAGAACGUGGCGCGGGCCUUCUGCACGGCGCUGGGCCCCCACCUCAAGCUGCUGAAGGAGGACGGCAUGGCCAAGCUGGGCCUGAGGGUCACCCUGGACACGGACCAGGUGGGCUACCUGGCGGGCAGUAACGGCCAGCCCCUGCUGCCCCAGUACCUCAGCCACCUGGACAGCACCCUCAUCCCCGUCAUCCACAGCGGCGCCUGCCAGCUCAGCGAGGGCCCCGUCGUCAUGGAGCUCGUCUUCUACAUCCUGGAGAUCAUCUCCUAGGCAACGGCCGUCCCCGGGGCCUCUUUGUUUGUUCCCAGCUGUCUCUUUUAGACGCAACCGGGACCCCCUGGACAACGUGUGGGGGUCCCCAACGCCUCCUUUUAAACGCCUUGGUUUGCCCCCCCUCGUUGGAAAGGGUCACGGAGCCGGCACUGACUAGAGGGGGUCGUCAUGCCAACGCCAUCGCUCCUCGUGCAUUCUGACUGUACGGACCCUCAGACCGGAGCGGGCUCGGCCUCAUGUGUUUUUGGGAUCCGGUUGGGACUGGUUGGCGAGGAGGACCGGACCCAUUGGAAAGCGCUUGUUUCAGUUUGAACCCGCUUAAGUCGAUUUGCCUUGGAGGCGGUUCAGCUAAGCCACGGCGACCGCACAGGUCACGGGAGAGCUUCUCUGCCCGUCAUCUGAUAUAUUAUUGUCAUAUAUAUAUAUAUAUAUAAAUAUAUGUAUAUUUUUUAACUUAUUGUAGCAACACGGGGCCGACCACCAUCCACCUGCGUUGUGAACAGGAUAAAACGCUACAAGCAGUCACAGAGACUUUCUGACUCAGGUUUGCACUCCCUAUUCCCCCCCCUCCCCUCCCCUCCCAUAACGUUUUAAGUUCCACUGUGGGAGCCCAUCUGUGAAGACCCCCUCCCUGGUAGCAACAGCAGACCCUCUGGAUCACCAGAGGGGGGGGGGGGGCGCGGCAGCGGAGCCACUGUCCAGCCCUCUGGUCAUCGUCCGUCCGUGAAUAUCAGGAGGAUCAGAGAUGAUGAGGAACCACCGCUGCAAGAGCACACGAGAGGGACCAGAACAAGUGCCUGUGCGUGUGUGUGUGUGUGUGUGCGUGUGUGCGUGUGCGUGUGCGUGCGUGCCGGUGGCGUGUCUUCUCCUGCACCGCGGUGCUCAGUGCCUGCAGCGAGCCGCUCUAUCAGAACAACGGGAACCUACAGACUAACCCGGGCUUCACUCCUCCGACACAGGCUUUGUUUUCCCCGGACGUCCGCGACGCGCCCCCCCCGCGUUGUUUGGAUUCUGCGUGUACAUAUUCUGUAGCCUCAGGGGGCGGAACCUCCUCUGAUGAACCAGAGUUAGGAGGGUUAAAGCGGUCCGGGACACUGGAGGCCCGGCCUGUGCUGGGAGGGGUCGUCUUCAGACUGUAAAGGCCUUCUCCGGGGUCCUGUACGACCGGCCUGCUCACGUCAGCAACAACAAAAAGGUCUCCAUGCUUUGUCAACUUGACUGUGUGACGCUAAGCAGGACGGUGAGGGAAUGGUUCUGAACGCCAGUCACGUGGUCCCACUUUCUGAGCCUGGGUUGUCCACAUCAAGCUGAAGGCCACUCAAAGCGGUGAGCCUGUGUGUUUCUAUGCUGUGACCUCGUCCCAUGCAUGCAGCUUCUCGCAGAAGGACCGAACUUGUGCAAGCUGGGAGUUGAGGACGGGAA